AGCAAGUGGGAGAGUAAAAGAGAGAGGGAGAGAGCGACUGAAUGAGUGUGGCUUUAGAGCGAGAUUAGAGUGUGUGUGUGUCUGUGCGUGUGAGUGUGUCUGUGUGUCUAAGAGAGAGAGGGAGAGAGUGGGAGAGGCCAUUCCCAAGAGCAGGUCACUGCAGACGGACGGAAAAAAACGUAAGGUUGUUUUGGGACCCAAAGUACCAGAAAGGUGAGGGGUGUGUGUGACAUAUUGUGUGUUUGUGUGUGUGUUUGUGUGUGUGUGUGUGUGAUAGAGUACAAGGAUGACCAGGAGGUCAGUCAUUGGUGAGGGGACUGGGGUGAACAACACCCCCCAAAAUGGGGGACACCCGGGGGAUACCCCUGCCCCAAAAGAGGAGCCUGAUGCUCCCAACGGAAAGGUAGACUUGAGGAAGAAGGUGACCCUGCUUCAGGGAAUCUCCAUCAUCAUCGGGACCAUCAUCGGAGCAGGAAUCUUCAUCUCGCCCAAGGGAAUCCUGAAGAACUCUGGCAGUGUUGGAAUGUCUCUGGUGGUGUGGAUUGCCUGCGGAGUGCUGUCCCUGUUCGGGGCCCUGUCCUACGCAGAGCUGGGAACCAGCAUCCAGAAGUCUGGGGGACAUUAUACCUAUAUCCUGGAGGCCUUUGGACCACAGAUGGCCUUCAUACGCCUCUGGGCUGACCUCAUCGCAAUCAGACCUGCAGGGUUGGCAGUGAUAUCCCUGGCCUUCGGACAAUAUAUCCUGGAACCCAUAUUCAUGCCGUGUGGAGUGCCCGAGAUUGCUAUCAAACUGGCCACCUCUAUGGGAAUAACAUCAGUGAUGUAUCUCAACAGUAUGAGUACGAGCUGGACAAACAGGAUUCAGAUCUUUCUCACCUUUAGCAAGUUGCUGGCCAUCGCCAUCAUUAUUGUACCUGGCCUCUAUAUGCUCCUCAAAGGGGAGACUAAGAACUUUGAGAAUGCAUUUGAGGUCAGUAAUAUCAAGCUCACAGGUCUUCCUCUGGCCUUUUACUCUGGGAUGUACGCCUAUGCUGGGUGGUUUUAUCUGAACUUUGUGACUGAGGAAGUAGAGAAUCCAGAAAAGACUGUCCCAUUGGCCAUCUGUAUCUCAAUGGCGAUAGUCACGUUCUGCUACGUGUUGACUAACGUGGCAUACUACACUGUGAUGUCAGCAGAGGAGCUGUUGGCAUCGCAAGCCGUCGCCGUGACGUUUGCAGGGAAGAUGAUGGGGAACUUUUCGGUGGCGGUGCCGGUAUUUGUAGCCUUGUCGUGCUUUGGUUCGAUGAAUGGCUGCUUGUUCGCUUUCUCAAGAAUGUUCUACGUGGCAUCACGCGAGGGCCAUCUCCCUGAGGUUCUGUCCAUGAUCCACGUCCGCAGACACACUCCUUUGGCAGCCGUCCUCGUUCUGUACCCUAUGACGGUGUUCCAGCUGUUUGUGGGGGAUAUCUACAGUCUGUUGAACUUCAUGAGCUUCCUCCGCUGGCUCUUCAUUGGCGUGGCUGUGCUGGGCCUCAUCUACAUGAGAUACACACGCCCUGACAUGCCACGCCCUUUCAAGGUUCCUCUUUUCAUUCCAGCCGUUUUCUCCUUCACCUGUUUCUUCAUGGUGUUCCUCUCUCUCUACUCCGACCCCGUCAACACAGGGAUAGGAUUCGCCAUCUCCCUGACAGGAAUCCCAGCCUACUAUAUUUUCAUUGUGUUUGACCGCAGACCCAAGUGGCUACAGGAUGGUUUAGAUUCCUUGAACAGAUCUGUCCAGAUCAUCCUGGAGGUGAUCCCAGCGGAACACUGACACUCCUUCACACCAUAUUCCCACACCGAUGGCCUCUAUUGCAUCGUUUCAUAGAAUAAAUGAUUAUGACUCUCCCAUCCUGCUGUCCUUAUCUAGGCAGGCUUAGCCCUGCUCUGCUCUCACAUUUCACAUUACCAAUUCAAACCGCCUGAAUACUUGCUCCUCUCUCCUCACUCAAGCAUUUGAAAUGGAAUGGCCAGGUAGACAGGCAGGGACGUGAGGUUGUGGCUGUGUGUGUGGCUGUGUGUGUGUGUGUGUGUGUGUGUGUGUGUGUCUCCCUGUUUGAGAUUUGCAGGUAAUCCAUCUCUGUAACCCCUACCCUCUGGCUCCAGUCUGCAGUGGGAGCCCAGCCUCUUAGAAAUGCAACAGCUUUUAUUGUUGAUGAGAUGCGGCAGAGCCAGGGAAUCCCUGUAAGCUUGGAGUAUAACUAUCUUUGGCAGCAAUCACAGCUAGCGUUAGCCACAAUCACAGCUAUCGUUAGGAUCAGACUACACAACACACAUACAUGAAGCCUAAGGCUACCUAUAGUUAUUUCUAUAUUUUAGGAAAUGAAGACAGAUCAGUGAGUGUUAAUUGAUGUGUGUUGUAUAGUCUGAGUAAGACAAGCACUCCCUUUGCACUAUCAGAACAGUAAACUCAUACUCAAUCUACAGAUGCCUGUGAAACAUGACGUCCUUAAACACAUGACAAACAACAUUAAUGUGAUAAUGUUUUAUAUUUUAUAAAACAUGUAUGUUCAGGACAAGUGAAUGUUUUCAAAUUAUGCCCAGGAGAACCUGACAUCCGAUUUCAUAGAACAAUAAAAAAUAGAUUUUUUUCAA